AUGGUGAGCAGGAGCAGCAAUCUAGAGGUCUUCCUGGAGGCCGCCACUCCACGGUUGCCGUGGCGAUCAGCGCCCAUGGACUGUUUCCGAGGGCCAGACACUGUCUGGCAACUGGAGAAGAAACACUCGGUCGACUACUUCACCCUGGAGGAUCUGUGGGAGCAUUAUUCAGAGAGCAGCGCGUACGGCCUCGCUGUUCCUGUCCAUCUUCAGACGACGGGCAAGUCAAUUACCCAGCAUUUCGUUCCCUACCUAUCAGCUAUUCAGAUAUGCACCGCCAAGGCUCUUGCUGGUGUCCCCAGCAGGAGCAUGGAAAGCGAGACUGAUUCUUGGAGCGACGAUAAUAGCGUCGGCGACAAGGAUUCCAGGUCUUGGGAUGCCACGUCAUCGUAUGAUUCAAGCCAUGAAGACUUGGAUGAUCCUACUGUUCGUUCAAAGCAAGGUGGAUACUUGAAUUUCCAGUACAGUGAAUGCGACCCACCCUAUGAGAGAAUUCCUCUUGCAGACAAGGUGGCAGAGCUGGCACAAGACUAUCCGUGCUUGACAUCGCUGAACAGCGCAGAAUUGUCACCUUCAAGCUGGCUAUCGGUAGCAUGGUAUCCUAUUUACCAUAUCCCUUAUCAUGGGAACCUGAAGGGAAUUUCUGCAUGUUUCCUUACCUACCAUUCUAUUUCAACGGUGUUUCAAGAUGAGAUCAUAGUGAGAUGCGGUGGCGACAGGACCGUGGCGCUUUCCCCAUUCGGACUGGCGACCUACAGAAUGGAAGCAGGGAAGCGGCUCUGGACGGAGCCGCAUCACAUGCCUGCAGCUGCUGGUAGUGGUAGUGGUAGUGGUGGUGGAUCACCAAAUGCUGCUGCUGCUGGUAGUGCUAGGUUAUCAGUCUCAUCAUCCCAUUCUGACCUCUACUGGGCAGCAUCCUCUUGGCUGAAGCAAGUGGGAGCACACCAUCCUGACUUUAACUUCUUCACAGCUCAUCGCUCUGCGAUCUGA